ACCACAUCGUUUUCUUGCAGUGCGCGGCCGUGUUUCUUCUCUCGCUAAUUCAAAGAAAAGUAUAACCAAGCCGCUAAAAGACAAAUAAAAUUAUUGCUAAAAUCGCUGCUUUAAGGCAAAUCGCAUAAAAACCAUCAGCGCCGCGUCUUACGACCGACCGGCAGUCCAGCAGCAGCAGUGACAAUGCAGUCCCAUAGCAAAAAGCGCGUUUGCUAUUAUUACGACAGUGACAUUGGCAACUACUACUAUGGCCAGGGCCAUCCCAUGAAGCCGCACCGCAUACGCAUGACGCACAACCUGCUGCUGAACUAUGGACUCUACCGCAAGAUGGAGAUUUACCGACCGCACAAAGCCACUGCCGACGAGAUGACCAAGUUCCAUUCGGAUGAGUAUGUGAGAUUCUUGCGCUCGAUACGACCGGAUAAUAUGACGGAGUACAACAAACAGAUGCAGCGCUUCAAUGUGGGCGAAGAUUGUCCCGUCUUUGAUGGCCUCUACGAGUUCUGUCAGCUGUCCGCCGGCGGCUCGGUGGCCGCCGCUGUUAAGCUGAACAAACAGGCCUCGGAGAUCUGCAUCAAUUGGGGCGGCGGGCUGCAUCAUGCCAAGAAAUCGGAGGCAUCCGGCUUUUGCUAUGUCAACGACAUCGUUCUGGGCAUUCUGGAGCUCUUGAAGUAUCAUCAGCGCGUGCUCUACAUCGAUAUCGAUGUGCAUCAUGGCGACGGUGUCGAGGAGGCAUUCUAUACGACGGAUCGCGUCAUGACUGUCAGCUUCCACAAGUACGGCGAAUACUUUCCGGGCACGGGCGAUCUGCGGGACAUUGGCGCCGGCAAGGGCAAAUACUAUGCCGUGAAUAUACCGCUGCGCGACGGCAUGGACGACGAUGCGUACGAGAGCAUCUUUGUGCCCAUCAUUUCCAAGGUGAUGGAGACAUUCCAGCCGGCGGCCGUGGUGCUGCAAUGCGGCGCAGACUCCUUGACGGGCGAUCGUCUCGGCUGCUUCAAUCUGACGGUCAAGGGGCACGGCAAGUGCGUGGAGUUUGUCAAAAAGUAUAAUCUGCCCUUCCUCAUGGUCGGCGGCGGCGGCUACACCAUACGCAACGUCUCCCGCUGCUGGACGUACGAGACGUCCGUGGCCCUGGCCGUGGAAAUAGCCAACGAGCUGCCGUACAACGAUUACUUCGAGUACUUUGGGCCCGACUUUAAGCUGCAUAUCAGCCCGAGCAACAUGACCAAUCAGAAUACGGCCGAGUAUCUGGAGAAGAUCAAGAGUCGUCUGUUCGAGAAUUUGCGCAUGUUGCCGCAUGCGCCGGGCGUACAGAUUCAGGCGAUACCCGAGGAUGCCAUCAACGAUGAGUCCGAGGAUGAGGACAAGGUCGACAAGGAUGAGCGUCUGCCGCAGAGCGACAAGGAUAAGCGCAUUGUGCCCGAGAACGAGUACUCCGACUCCGAGGACGAGGGCGAGGCUGGCCGCCGGGAAAAUCGCACGUACAAGGGCCAGCGCAAGCGGCCGCGCCUCGACAAAGAGCCCAUCAUUACCAAUUCCAGUAACAAGACCUCCUCCGAAACCUCCAGCGAUAUCAAGGACGACAAGGAGAAGGCCGAUGGCGUCGAUGGCGAGGAGACGCCCACUGCCAACAACAACACCAAUAGCAGCAACAGCAGCAGCAGCAACAACAACAACAACAACAGCAACAGCAACAACAAAGGGGACAACGAUGCGAGCACAAACGCGGGCGGCGCCUCGUCGGCGUCGAAGGGCGCCAAGGAGAACAACAUAUGACGUGGCGGCCGCAAUUGGUUAUAGAAGCCAAUUAAGCGACCGCCCAAAUACAAGCCGCCGGACUUUACCUAGCGCCCAGCUAAUCCCGAUCCCCGAGCCCCCCUCGUCCUUUAGUUUAAGCCGUUUGCCAAGAUCCACGCUGGGAGCGGAGCGAACUCCAGGCAAAAGCAAAACUAAACUAAACGGAAAACCAAGAAAAACUCAAAUUAAAAUAAUAUACAAUCUAUUGUAAGGCAACUUUCUUCGUGUUUAAGCUAAGCAGCAGAUACUUUUACAAUUAAAAAACAAACAAAACAAAACAAAACAAAAUCGAAGCAGAUACAGCUACACAUAAACAUAAAGAUAAAUAUACAGAUACAGAUAAUUACCACAUAAGCAAGAUCCAUUUUUUGGCGAUUCUUGCAACUUUUAAUCAAUAAAACAAUUUUUAAAUAUUA